AAACGGUGCGUUUAAGUAACAGGACCUCCCAGAUUUUUCAAAUUCAUAUUUUCAUGGAAACCAAACACAGCUCCCCGCCAAAAUCUCCAGCCUACAAAGCUCUAGUCAAAGCCGGUCCAAAUCUGAAGCCUCUUCAACAAGUCCACGCCCACAUUAUCGUCUCUGGAUCUCACCGCAGCCGAUCACUCCUCACCAAGCUCAUCACUCUGGCUUGCGAAGCCGGCUCGAUUCUCUACACCCACAACCUCUUCAUCUCCGUCCCUCACCCGGACUCCUUCCUCUUCAAUUCCAUAAUCAAGUCAUCCUCUAAGUUCGGCUUCCCGCAACACACUCUCUUCUUCUAUCACUCCAUGCUCGGUUUUCGAACCCCGCCGAGUAGUUACACCUUCACCUCUGUGAUCAAGGCCUGCGCCGAUCUAAGGGCUCUGAGACUCGGUAGGGGUGUGCAUUCACAUGUAGUGGUGUGUGGGUGUGGGUCGGAGCCGUUUGUUCAGGCGGCUCUUGUUAGCUUGUAUUCGAAAUGUGGGGAGUUUGGGGUUGCAAGGAAGGUGUUCGAUGAAAUGCCUGAGAGGAGUGUUGUGGGUUGGAACUCGAUGAUUUCGGGGUACGAGCAGAACGGGUUUUCGAGAGAGGCGAUUGAGGUGUUUAAGGAGAUGAGGGAAGCGGGUGUUGAGCCGGAUUCGACUGGUUUCGUGAAUGUUUUGGCGGCGUGUUCUCAGUUGGGAGAUGUUGGUUUAGGGUGUUCGGUGCAUGAUGAGGUUGUCAGGAAGGGGAUAGAAGUGAAUGUGGCUCUAGGAACUUCGCUGAUUAACAUGUAUGCUAGGUGUGGGGAUGUGAGCAAAGCGCGAGAAGUUUUCGAUUGUAUGGAUGAAAGGAAUGUUAUUACUUGGACUGCUAUGAUUUCGGGGUACGCAACGAAUGGUUAUGGUAGUCAAGCUAUGGAGCUUUUUGGCGACAUGAGAGCUCGUGGUCCUAGUCCUAACACCGUGACAUUUGUUGCAGUCUUGGCAGCUUGUGCUCAUGCUGGGCUAGUGAAAGAAGGAAGGCAGGCAUAUGCAAGCAUGAGGCAAGAGUAUGGAUUAGUGCCGGGAGUGGAGCACUGUGUUUGCCUGGUUGAUAUGCUUGGGCGUUCUGGGCUUCUCGAUGAAGCAUAUCAGUUCAUCAAAGAGCUUAGCCCGGGAGAGGCAGCUCCACCUCUUUGGACUGCCAUGCUUGGGGCUUGCAAGAUGCAUAAGAAUACCGAUCUUGGAGUAACAGUUGCUGAGCAUCUUUUGGAGGUUGAGCCUGAAAAUCCAGGCCAUUAUGUGAUGCUUUCGAACAUAUAUGCAUUGGCAGGUAGGAUGGAUAGAGUGGAAAUGGUUAGAAACAUGAUGAAAGGAAGAAGCUUGAAAAAGCAAGUUGGCUAUAGUACAAUACAUGUGAAUCAGAAAACCAAUUUGUUUAGCAUGGGCGACAAGUCCCACCCAGAGACAAAUGAAAUUUAUCAGUAUUUAGAUGAAUUGAUGCGGUGGUGCAGUGAAGCAGGGUAUGCACCAGCACCGGAGUUAGUGAUGCAUGAAGUGGAAGAAGAAGAGAGGGAAUAUGCCCUUAGAUAUCACAGUGAGAAGCUUGCAAUUGCAUAUGGGCUAAUGAAAACCAAGGAUGGUGAGGCCAUUAGGAUUGUAAAGAACCUCCGAAUGUGUGAGGACUGCCACUCGGCUAUUAAGUUUAUCUCAGUUGUUACCAAAAGAGAGAUUAUUGUUCGGGAUAAGCUUCGCUUCCACCAUUUCAAAUAUGGCUCCUGUUCAUGCCUGGAUUAUUGGUAAGAAUGCUUGGUGACUCUCUGACUUGUGAGCUUAGAGAAUUUCAGCUGUCUUUGCAAGAAAGGUGACACCAUAAAGAGGGUGCAUCGCAUUGCUAGAAUGCUUGAACAACAAGCACAAAUGCAUUGCAGACUGUUAGGUGCAGUGCAGGACAUCAAAUGCAAUUUCAUGACUUUCUGGUUCAUCUGUGGAUUGACAAUCACCAAUUGGUUCUAGUAAAACCUCCGCUAGAAGGAUGAGAUACCAGAUCAAGCUGAACCGAGGAACCAAAUUAGUGAUGUCCUCGAAUUGGAGAAGCUACAAUUGGGACUUGAAGAUGCCAGAAACACUUCCUUUGGUCAACGAAAUAUUACUCUAGUAAAUAUAAAGGUAACUUUACUAUUGUUCCCGAUGAAUAUUCAGUAUGAAGAAAAUUUACUUUUAGUACAUUGGACAUGCAUAGGGGUUAAAUCAUUUUUCUUCCCAAUAAAUCCCACGUAGUUGAGACUCCCGUCGUUAUUCGGGAUACUCUCUUGAUGCUGACCAUAUAAUCUGGGUUGUUUAGGAAUGAGAAUUUAAUAUUAUAUGAGCAUGUGA